GCCUGCGACUACUUCCACCGGACUGCGCUGCACCUUGCGUCGGCUGAAGGUCACGUUGAGAUAGUCCGGUACCUGCUGUCCAUCAAGGCGAGGGUGGACUGUGUGGACAAGUGGGGAGGGAGUCCUCUGACAGACGCUGUGCGUGCCGGACACGAGCAGAUCCAGAAGCUCCUGCUCGACGCUGGGGCCGGGAGAUCCUCCUCUCAGCCCCGCAACGCUCGUCCUGGGCAGCAGGAGAGUUGGCUGAUCCGGAGGGAGGACGUGAGGAUGGGCAGGAGGCUCGGGGAGGGAGAUCAAGGAGUCGUACUGCAGAGCGAGUGGAGGGGGAUGCCCGUGGUGACUAAGAUCCUCAAGGAUGCAGAGAACGUAGAGCAGCAGCAUGGGUUCCUGCACGAGAUAUCCGUCCUCUCCCGGCUGCGCCACCCCAACCUCGUCCUCUUCCUCGGAGCCUGCCUGGACUGGGACCCCAAGUUCAUCGUCACCGAGUACCUCGAGGGAGGGAGCCUUGAGAGCUUCUUCGAGAGGAAGAGGCUCGAGAACGGCAUGCAAGACUGGCAGCCGACCGUCUCCCAGGUGCUCAUAUGGGCAACGGACCUCGCCCGGGCUCUGUGCUGCCUCCACCAGCUCUCUCCUCCCGUCAUCCACCGAGAUCUGAAGCCUAGCAACCUCCUCCUGACCUCGGAAGGUCACCUCAAGCUCUCCGACUUCGGGCUCAGUCGCGUGCUUGAUAAGGGGAAGAGCGGGGGAAACUACAGAAUGACUGGAACCACGGGCACGAUCCGAUACAUGGCGCCCGAGGUCGUCCGCAGCGACCUCUACAACGAGAAGGCAGACAUCUACAGCUACGGUCUCGUCCUCUGGUUCAUGUGCACGGGGGAGCUCCCCCUC